GAGUGGUUGCGAUAGAGAGGUCAGGCAAGUCAUCAUCACCAUCUAUCUGAGCUUCUUCGUCUGGGCGACAUUGUUCUUCUUCUUAUCUCAGUGCUGCACAUGCCAGCGCUGGAGGGGAACCGUGCCAUGGAGUGUCAGUCGCUCCAUGCCAGAAUGGUGAUGCCUUUUUUUGGGUGUAUAGAAUACCUUACGUCUUGUAACGCCCGGAUGAAGUCUAACACCUUGUCUGUGAUCUUUUUCUUCUUUUUUAAUUCCUUUUCUUUUUUCUUCUUUUCCUUUCUCUACCUCUCUCAUGUACUGAGUGCUUGGAGAGAGGCAUGCGUUAGCUGAGCUGACUAUGCAGAGGCAAUAGGACUUCAUACGAUAUCUGGAAGUGGAGCGCAGACGGAGCUGCUGCAGCCUAUCGCUGACAGGAAAAUUCUCUUCUCCCUCGAAGGAAGGUAGGCUCCGAUACAUCUUUGGUGAAAUCUUUCGAAUCUGGGCUGGUAGAUUUAUUGUAUUCUAUCAUUUCUUUCAUUUCUAUGAGAGUUAGCAGAGCUUGUCACAUCAUAAAAAUAAUUACGGAAACGAUCGUUAGGUCAGAUCUUCAUCUGCAAGUCUUAUCUGCAGAUAGAUGGGGGGUUGCCUUUGGGCACUUGGCUGCAUUCUGCUGCAGCGCGUCGGGAAGAUGCUCCGAAGGCUAGCGUAACCGACUGUGGGGGUUAAGGUAGAGGUUCGAACCGAAACAGUUUGUUGGUGAUCAGGAGGUGAAGGAGGGUGAAAAAACCCGGUUGCAGAUGUGGGUAUGGUUUUCAGGGGCUUGCUAUGGGGUUAAGGUAGGUGCGAACCGAAACACGUGGUGAGUGAUCGGCAGGUGAAGGAAGGAGAACAGGUGAGUGAUUGGCAGGUGAAGGAAGGAAAACAGGCGGCAGAUGGGUAUGAUGAUUGUCGGGGACUUGCUAUGCCCUGGAGCAUAUCGGGAAGAUGUUCUGUAGGCUAGUAGGGUAACUGACUGUGGGGGUUAAGGUAGAGGUUCGAACCGUAACUGAUGGUGAGUGAUCAGGAGGUGAAGGAGGGUGAAAAAAACAGGUUGCAGAUGGGUAUGGUCUUCAGGGGCUUGCUGCGUUCGGUAGCACAUCGGGAAGACGUUCCGAAGGGUAGCUAACUGUGUGUGUGGGGGAGUAAGGUUGGUUCGAACCGAAACACGUGGUGAGUUAUCGGCUGGUGAAGGAGAACAGGCUGCAGAGGGGUAGGGUCUGCGUUCUGUGGCAUGUCGAGAAGAUGUUCUCUGAGUGACGGUGGACAACGGGGGACAAGGUACUCUGAGUGACGAGGGACAAGGUACUCUGUGUGACGGGGGACAAGGUACUCUGUGUGACGGGGGACAAGGUACUCUGAGCGACGGGGGACAAGGUACUCUGAGUGACAGGGGACAAGGUACUCUGAGCGACGGGGGACAAGGUACGUUCUGGAAUGAAAUAGAUAUGGUGAGUAAUCGGCAAGCAUAUCUGCAAGUAUAUCAGCGGAUGGGUACGGCCUUCGGCGACUUGCUACAUUUUUGGAGCAUAAUGGGAAGGUGUUCCCUAAGGUUAAGUAACGGGGGCCAGAAGCUGACUACGUGGUUUCAGUAUGAAACAGAGAUCGAGUUGUCGGCAGGUGAAAGGGAGGAGAAGAGGCGAGGAGGCGGAUUUUGCUGCGGCGAGAGAUGAUGAGUGAGAUUCCCAGGGAACAGUCUAUCCAAAUGCUUAUUAUGGCUCUCAGGGGCUUGGUAUGCUCUGUUGGAUGUUGACAAGGAAGAUGCUCCCGAGUCUAAGUGGGGGAAGGGUAGGUCUUAUACCCACUCGAUGGUGAUCUACUGCCGGGUGGGGGAAGGAGAAGAGGUGAUGACUGAAUCAUGUAGAGGACCGGGAGAAAGGGGGGCGCAAGGGUUGUGUAGCGUGUUACGAGCACUUGCAUCGGGUNNCAAUCAAUCAAUCAAUCAAUCAAUCAAUCAAUCAAACAAUA